CCAUUCUUGUCUGCCUCCAUCACCUGCAGAAGGGGAUCCCAUGUGGGGGUCCCUCCCAAAAUCCUGUUUGGCUGCCCCGGUUUCUGAGCCAAACCAUGGAGCCGCUGUAAGAGAAGCCAGAGUUUGAUGCCCCCCACCCACCCCGCUCAAGGACCCUGGAGCCCUCCUGACCAGUGAACCCUUCCUUGGUGCAUCUCCUCCAUGGCUGCUUCCAAUCCCCUUGGAGAACUGGUCAGGGUCGGGAGAGCUCCUGGCCAUGGCCAUGCAAGAGCAGCGGGGCAGCCCCAGGGCCGGCCUCGAGCCGGAGGGGGUCCAGCUCCUUUUAGUUGCCUGUCAAGAAGCCAAGAGGUUCGCCUACUGCCCCUACAGCAAGUAUCCCGUGGGAGCGGCACUCCUGACCUCGGAGGGGAAGAUCUUCACAGGUUGCAACGUUGAAAACGCCUGUUUCCCGCUGGGCGUCUGUGCCGAGCGGACGGCCAUCCAGAAGGCCGUGUCGGAAGGUCACACAAAAUUUCGAGCCAUGGCUGUCAGUUGCAACAGCCAAGAGUUUUACGCCAUUCCGUGUGGAGCCUGCAGGCAGGUCCUCCGAGAGUUCGGUCAAGAGUGGGAGAUCUAUUUGACCAGGAUGGACGGCACAUACAUCCAGAAGACGUUGGAGGACCUCCUGCCUUUGUCUUUUGGUCCAGAACACCUGAAGAGCUAGGCGGGAAGAAGGGCUGCCAGCGGCCUGAGAUCUCCUGAACUUGGCACACCUUGGCCUUCCAACCUGUUGAGUCCAUGGAUGUCUAAACCUCCCCUUUUGCAAAAUUUGGAUAUUGGCAUUCCCGGCGGGUGCUGCCUGCAUGAUCGGGAUCAUUGGCGUCACUUUGAAGGUCUCCAGAACUUUGGACCGUGUCCUGCCCAGCUGCCUCAGAGAGGCCAGGGCGAAUCUGGACUCUUGGCCUCUGAGCUGCAGCCCCCGCCUUACCCCAAGAUAAACAGCUGUUUUUUGAGUCCAUCGGCUCCGUAUUCUUUGCACUUGUCCUCUCCAGAGGGUAUCCCCAGCCCCUCCCUCCGAAGAAACCCCUCUACCCAAUUUUGAUAUGUAGAUUUUUCAGGUGGUGCCCUGGGCCCAUUACUUGGACCAAAGUGAGAACAAUUAAUCAGUGGAAGGGCUUCCCUCUGGAAGUUGUGGGUGCUCCAUCACUGGAGGUCUUCAAGAAGAGACUGGACAGUCACUUGUGCCUGAAAUAGUCUAUAGGGUCUCCUGCUUGAGCAGGGGGUCAGACUAGAAGACCUCCAAGGUCCCUUCCAACACUGUUAAGUCCCUGCAGGUUUCUAGGCACUUUUUUCAAAAAGGUCUACCUGAAUCUCUUUCAAACUCAGGCUGAGAGCAGUCCUCCGGCUGUCUUUGUGUCCAAGGCAGAAUUAGAACUCAGGAUUUUAUAUAAGAUGUCGGUGGCUCUUUCUCCAACUGGAGGCUCUCCAGCAAUCCAAGAGUAGUUCUAACUGGUCCUUCUCCAAUUACAUACCAGGUAGCACUAAAGAGCCAGUUGUGUUAGCCCCCAAUGUGCAUGUAUGUGUGUGCGCACACACAGCCUUCACCACACACCGAAUGAAUUGCUCUUGGUAACAUUGAAUGGGAAGUGUUUGUGUGUGAUGUGCCCCAGGAGCUACACUUUCACAGCCCCCACUGCCAUCCAUGAAACUGUCCCAGCGGGUCUCUUCCAAUAAUUAUAUGUAUCUCAGCCUGAAAAAUGGGGGACGGGGACGGGAUGGGGAUUCCAGAUUUUUUUCAGUUAUUAAAAUACUUGCCGUGCUGUUCUGAGUGUCAUGUGCAUCAAAGAGAGGGAGAGGUUUUAAAACGGAGCUCUCCAGACAUGGCCACUUUUUGAUGCGUGGACUUCAACUCCCAGAAUUUAUUUAUUUUUUUUAUUUACAUUUAUAUCCCGCCCUUCUCCGAAGACUCAGGGCGGCUUACAGUUUAUAAGGCAAUAGUCUCAUUCUAUUUGUAUAUUUUACAAAUAGAAAGUCAACUUAUUGCCCCCCCAACAAUCUGGGUCCUCAUUUUACCUACCUUAUAAAGGAUGGAAGGCUGAGUCAAUCUUGGGCCGGGCUUGAAGCUGCAGUAAUUGCAGGCUGCUGUGUUCUAAUAACAGGCUUCUAACAGCCUGAGCUAUUACGGCCCUUAUUCAGCAGCAAAGAGGCCAAGUUUGGAGACAACUCCCCCCACCCCCACCCCCAGUUUU